GCGAGGCGGCGGCGCCACCAUUCAAAAUACAGUAAUAAUUCAACUCCGGCGCCGUUCCGGCAGCGUUGGAUGGAAAGCGGUGAAUGGUGUCCGGAAGGGACGAUACCUGUAAGAAGAACAACGGAGGCGGAUGUCCUAAGGCUCAACAACAACAAGAACAACUCCCUCCGUACAUUUGGCCGGAAAAGGACCAUCCGACGUGGCAUCCGCCGCGACGCCAUGGAUGCCGACCACGAGCACGCGGUAGCAUUCGUAAACGGGGAUGAAUAUUACGGGGCGAAAGCGAGCAUGAGCGUGUGGGCGCCGCGCGUUAUGAAUGAAUACGAGUUUAGCUUGUCACAAUUGUGGCUGAUUUCGGGAUCAUUUGGGAAUGAUCUCAACACCAUCGAAGCCGGAUGGCAGGUUAGUCCGAAGUUGUAUGGAGACAACUAUCCGAGAUUCUUCACAUAUUGGACGACGGAUGCGUAUCAAACAACGGGAUGCUACAACUUGCUAUGCUCGGGUUUUGUCCAAAUCAACAAUAAUAUAGCGAUUGGUGCGGCAAUAUCUCCGCAAUCGUCGUAUGCGGGCCGACAAUUCGAUAUCGGCAUUAUGAUAUGGAAGGACCCGAAACACGGGCAUUGGUGGUUGGAGUUGGGGUCAGGAAUAUUGGUAGGGUAUUGGCCGUCGUUUUUGUUCACGCACAUGCAAAAGCACGCGAGCAUGGUUCAAUUUGGAGGGGAAGUGGUGAACAUGCCCACAACAGGGCAUCACACGUCGACUCAGAUGGGGAGCGGUCACUUUUCCGGAGAAGGGUUCGGGAGGGCGUCCUACUUCCGGAACCUAGAGGUCGUGGAUUGGGGCAACAAUCUUAUACCUUUGUCGAAUUUACAGCUGCGGGCGGACCGCCCCAACUGCUACGACAUUAGGGCCGGUAAGAACAAUGAUUGGGGAAACUAUUUUUACUAUGGAGGCCCGCGAACGAACCCUAGAUGUCCGUAA